AUGUGGGCGUUGAAUAGUGGCGUACUCGCGUGGAUGAGGAAUCGGAAGAUGACUGGCAAGUCGGACAAGUCCAAGCACGAGAAUAAGGCGGAGAAUAAGGCCAAGCACGAGAAUAAGGCCGAGAAUAAGGCCAAGCAAACAGGCAGGGCCAAGCAAGCGGACGCAGCAGCAGCCGCCCCCAUCCAGGGCGCGUGCGUGCGAUUCUCCCUAGCUGACAUGGUAGCCGCGACGAGCGACUGGUCGCCGCAGUUGCACUUGAUGAGGGGCAGCUACAGCGAGCUGUUCAAAGGCGUCGACCCGCGCGAUGGCGUCACUCCGUGGCUCCUCAAGCGCCGCUUGCGCUGCACCGACGAGUUCCAGGCCGAGGUGGCGGAGAUGGGGCACAAGAACCACCCUCACCUGGUGCGGCUGCUGGGGUACUGCGAUGAGCAGGACGAGCAGGGGCGCAGGGAGCAGGUGGCCGUGUAUGAGUUCAUGACUGGCGGCAGCAUUGUCGACAAGUUUGGUCCGGGUUGCACUGGCACGCCUUUGUCCCUGCAGCAGCGGCUGGACAUUCUGAUAGGGGUGGCGCGCGGGCUGGAGUAUCUCAACACGUUGGGCAUCGUGCACCGCGGUCUCAACCCCUCCAACAUUCUUCUGGAUGCCCGCAUGCGCGCGAAGAUCGCGGGGUUUGACUCGGUGGCGAGCAGUGCGGCAGUGAGUGAGGGCGAGCGGUUAAUGCCGGCCACGGGCGUGCGUGGCUAUGUGGACCCGCACCUGCUGCUCUCUCACGAGCCCUCCACCACCAACGACCUCUACAGUCUGGGGGUGGUGAUGCUGGAGUUGCUGUCAGGCCGCCGUUCCCUCACUCCAAGACAAACCACGGCACAUACUUUCAGAGAGAGUAUUGAAACGCAGCUCCAAGCCAACAACUUAGCUGCUUUAUUUGAUCCCGCCCUCGCCUCCUCCUGCCUCCCACACACCACCGCCAACACCAGCGCCAGCAUCCCUAGCAGCAGCACCACGAGCAUCAGCAUGCUUGCGAGUGCCGCCAGCACCAGCACUGCAGGCACAACAGCUGGCGGCGCUGUCGAUACUCCACUGAGUGUGCCCAUACCGAAUGCGCUUAUACCCAGUCUGGUGCAGCUGGCUCGUGCCGGACUUGCAUGCACAUCCAUGCCUGCGUCCUCCCGGCCCUCCCUGGGAAGAAUCCUUGCUGAGCUGGAGAUUGUGCGGGAUGACGUGGCAAAGGAGUUGAGGAAGAUGGAGGAAGAGGCAGAGAAACAAGCAGGAAAACUGGAGGAAGGGAACGGUGGCGCGGCAGAAGACAAUAUGGGGCAGGCUCAUCUUGACUCGUGGGCUGGUGCUGGUCUCCCCCCCCCGAGUGAUCUGUCCUCCAGUCUUCCUUCCCAACCACCGCCCCCUCCUCCUGUGGUCGUUCCCUCCUCCUCCGCGCUCCCGCUGGCGCCGCUGCUGUGCCAGCAGGUGAGUGUGGCGGAGGUGGUGCGGGCGACGGGCGGGUGGGCUGCGGAGAGGCGAAUCGGCAGCGGCGGGUUUGGCGACGUUUACCGCGGAGUGAGCCCCCUCGAUGGGUGCACGCCCUGGGCUGUCAAGCGCGCCAAAGUGCUCACCAACGACUUCCGCCGAGAGAUCAACGAGAUGGCAUCGAAACACCACCCUCACCUGGUGCGGCUGCUGGGGUUCUGCAUGGACUACGAUGCGGCAGCGGAGCGCAUGGAGCAGAUCGCCAUCUAUGAGUUCAUGCCCAAUGGGGACCUGUACCAACGCAUGCACGCGGAAGCCACAGGUAAAGUUACACCUCUGACCCUGCAGCAGCGGCUGGACAUUCUCAUCGGAGCAGCGCGCGGGUUGGAGUAUCUGCACAGCUUUGGCAUCGUGCAUCGCGACAUCAAGCCCGCUAACAUCCUGCUCGACAAACACAUGCAGGCAAAAGUCUCAGACUUUGGGUUGCUGAGGAUGGGCGAGGGCAGCUGUUCAGUGCAGUCCACGCGGGUGAUGGGCACACCGGGCUAUGUGGACCCUGUCUACUCCAUCACUCGCAAGGCCACGCCCAGUGCUGACGUGUACAGCUUUGGAGUGCUGAUGAUGGAGCUGCUGGCAUGCAAGCAUGUUGUGCUGCUAUCUGAAGAUGGCUCGCACACCAACAUCAAGGAAUGG